AUGGAUCCUGAGCCCGCCGCCGAGGAAUAUGUUGAUGCUCGAAGUGGGUUGCAGUCACCCGAUGACAUGGAACCCGAUGCUGAUCUGGAUAACGGAAAUGAGUGGCAUUUGCAACAAUCAAGGAAUGCGAGAAGAAAGUCUAAACUUGCAGACUCUGCUGAUGGCGAUGAGGACAUUGGCAAUGAUGACAGAAACACCGGAACCCGUGUGAAGACGGUGGAGGUGGGCGGUGGUGGGCCCACCCAGCCAGGGGCCCGCCCACCCAAGCCUCCUAUUGCUCCCCGCGCUGACUAUGUGCGCCUGGCAUUCCCAGCUGGAACAUCCACCAACGAUAAACUUAAAUGGUUCGAACACCUUUCUACUAAGUUCUCCAAAACACUCCUCGAUAUAGUCCGACCUAGACCAACAUCCCCUUACAUCUUUGUGUCACGUAAGCAGGAAAAUAUCAUCACUCAACUGGUUGAAGGUGAGAUUGCUAAUAUUGUUUUCACCAGAGAAGACAUCAUCAAUCGACCUAAAAAAUUUAAGGAAUAUAUUGUUACCAGUUUUCCCAAAGAGUAUCCUCUUGAUAGAGCUUAUACCCUUGACGGGGUCUACAAGGCAAGACGGAUACCUGCUGAGGCUACUUCACCUGUCUCUACGGAACGUGAGUGUCAAAUCCCCAUGGGGAAUGGUGUUAGAGUAGUCAUUGAUCCCUCACUGGCACCCCAACUAGAUCGUCAAGACACCCUUGAUUUGGUUAAAGAGAUUCGUCAAGGACGUCACAACAAGAAGAGAUGCGUCAAAGGACGUCACAACAAGAAGAGAUGCGUCAAGGACGUCACAACAAGAAGAGAUUCGUCAAGGACGUCACAACAAGAAGAGAUGCGUCAAAGGACGUCACAACAAGAAAAGAUGCGUCAAAGGACGUCACAACAAGAAGAGAUGCGUCAAAGGACAUCACAACAAGAAGAGAUGCGUCAAAGGACGUCACAACAAGAAAAGAUGCGUCAAGGGACGUCACAACAAGAAGAGAUGCGUCAAAGGACGUUACAACAAGAAAAGAUGCGUCAAAGGACGUCACAACAAGAAGAGAUGCGUCAAAGGACGUCACAACAAGAAAAGAUACGUCAAAGGACGUCACAACAAGAAAAGAUGCGUCAAAGGACGUCACAACAAGAAGAGAUGCGUCAAAGGACGUCACAACAAGAAAAGAUGCGUCAAAGGACGUCACAACAAGAAAAGAUGCGUCAAAGGACGUCACAACAAGAAAAGAUGCGUCAAAGGACGUCACAACAAGAAGAGAUGCGUCAAAGGACGUCACAACAAGAAGAGAUGCGUCAAAGGACGUCACAACAAGAAAAGAUGCGUCAAGGGACGUCACAACAAGAAGAGAUGCGUCAAAGGACAUCACAACAAGAAGAGAUGCGUCAAAGGACGUCACAACAAGAAAAGAUGCGUCAAAGGACAUCACAACAAGAAGAGAUGCGUCAAAGGACGUCACAACAAGAAAAGAUGCGUCAAGGGACGUCACAACAAGAAGAGAUGCGUCAAAGGACGUCACAACAAGAAGAGAUGCGUCAAAGGACGUUACAACAAGAAAAGAUGCGUCAAAGGACGUCACAACAAGAAGAGAUGCGUCAAAGGCCGUCACAACAAGAAAAGAUGCGUCUAAGGACGUCACAACAAGAAAAGAUGCGUCUAAGGACGUCACAACAAGAAAAGAUGCGUCUAAGGACGUCACAACAAGAAAAGAUGCGUCAAAGAACGUCACAACAAGAAAAGAUGCGUCAAAGGACGUCACAACAAGAAAAGAUGCGUCAAAGGACGUUACAACAAGAAAAGAUGCGUCAAAGGACGUCACAACAAGAAAAGAUGCGUCAAAGGACGUCACAACAAGAAAAGAUGCGUCAAAGGACGUCACAACAAGAAAAGAUGCGUCAAAGGACGUCACAACAAGAAAAGAUGCGUCAAAGGACGUCACAACAAGAAAAUAUGCGUCAAAGAACGUCACAACAAGAAAAGAUGCGUCAAAGGACGUCACAACAUGAAGAGAUGCGUCAAAGGACGUCACAACAAGAAAAGAUGCGUCAAAGGACGUCACAACAAGAAGAGAUGCGUCAAAGGACGUCACAACAAGAAGAGAUGCGUCAAAGGACGUCACAACAAGAAAAGAUGCGUCAAAGGACGUCACAACAAGAAGAGAUGCGUCAAAGGACAUCACAACAAGAAGAGAUGCGUCAAAGGACGUCACAACAAGAAAAGAUGCGUCAAAGGACAUCACAACAAGAAGAGAUGCGUCAAAGGACGUCACAACAAGAAAAGAUGCGUCAAGGGACGUCACAACAAGAAGAGAUGCGUCAAAGGACGUCACAACAAGAAGAGAUGCGUCAAAGGACGUUACAACAAGAAAAGAUGCGUCAAAGGACGUUACAACAAGAAAAGAUGCGUCAAAGGACGUCACAACAAGAAGAGAUGCGUCAAAGGCCGUCACAACAAGAAAAGAUGCGUCUAAGGACGUCACAACAAGAAAAGAUGCGUCUAAGGACGUCACAACAAGAAAAGAUGCGUCAAAGGACGUCACAACAAGAAAAGAUGCGUCUAAGGACGUCACAACAAGAAAAGAUGCGUCAAAGGACGUCACAACAAGAAAAGAUGCGUCAAAGAACGUCACAACAAGAAAAGAUGCGUCAAAGGACGUCACAACAAGAAAAGAUGCGUCAAAGAACGUCACAACAAGAAAAGAUGCGUCAAAGGACGUCACAACAAGAAAAGAUGCGUCAAAGGACGUCACAACGAGAGAUUCUGCAAACUAUAGACCAGCCUAACUAUUGA